CCCAAACCCGAAAUAGCAUGUUCUUAUAGUCUGACUGCUCGCGUCUGUCUCGUCCAUACUUUUACGUUCAUCCUGUGAGCAACAGCAUCUUGAACCACGAAUCUUAGCAUAGUCGCCUGCCACGCCCUAUUUUUCUAAACCAAGCAUCACCCCACAAGCAAUGGCAGAACCACAACAGCCAACAAAGGCCGAGCCAUGGUGGGCGGCGCUUCCGGCACCCAGGGCACGCUGCCCAACCCUCCCGGCAGACGAGGUACUGAAGCUGCUGGAGGAAAAUACAGGCACUGCCUCAGGGGCUAGCGACGUGCUGCUCGUCGACGUGCGUCGCGACGACUGGACGGGCGGCACCGUGGCAGGCUCAGUCAACCUGCCGGCGCAGAGCCUGUAUGCGACACGCGGGGCCAUCUAUGAUCUUUGCAGGAGGGCUGGGGUCAAGAGGGUCGUGUUUUACUGCGGAUCCUGCUCAGACGGAGGCAGGGGAUGGAAGUGUGCAAACUGGUUCCAGGACUACGUCGACGAAAAGGGCGACACUGAGAUCCAGGGGAUGCUGUUGGAAGGAGGCAUCAAGGGGUGGGUGAAGCGGUUCGGGGGCAAGGGUGUACAAGGCUUUGAUGCAAACUGUUGGAUGUAGGGUUGGGAGGAAAGCUGCACGCCACAAGGCUUCGGUUGAAAUCUGACGUUGUCUCAUGGGUAUCGUUUCUUUUUCUCUGCCCGUUGGCUUCUUAGUUGGAGAAGCAUAAAUGAGGCCGCACAAGCCACGCCACGCCACAUAGCGAGUCCCGCAUACCAAACAAGGCCCCUUGGUCCCUAGGUGUGUCACGACCCGACCGUCUCUAGGUUGCGGUUGGGAUGAGAACUGGCCGGCUAAUUAUAGACACCAUAAUCAACAUAGCUGGCCAUAUCAGCUCCCUGGUUCAAGAGCAUCUGGACCACAUGCGCGUUGCUCUGCG